CUCAUUCCUCUCUAUCUAGCUCCCAGUUCUCCUAGCCGCCGCAACCCCUCGCGUACAGCUGCGCACGCCUCCUGACUUGUCACCGUCUCUCCACCUCCACGGGCGCAUCCGCGGUGAUGACGACAUCCUCCUCCACUCUCCUCCACGGGCGCAUCUACGGCAACGAUAUCCUCCGCUUCAGCUACUACACGGUGGGGGGCAGUCUCCUCUGCUUAAGCGAGGACGACAGGAUCGAUCUGGGCAGAUCCUCGCAUCAGCUCGCUCAAGAUCAAGUCGGUGAGGGGCGGGUCGUCCCUCUCGAGUCGCCGAUGUCCUUGCGCAUCGUGCGGCCUCUACGACGAGGGGGAGCCUGACUGCAAUUCCUGCUUCCUUCUCCUCCGGUGGCACGGUCAUGCCCUCUCUUGCGCAGCAAUGGCGUCGAGGGCUCAGUUAUCCGCCUAUCCGUGCCACCAUGUCGCGUUCUGCCGUCGGCGACAAUCCAAGCGGAGCCUCGGAUGGGAUCGUGGAGGUGAGCCAUGGCCGACAACUGACUGCACGGAAGGGACCACCGAUGGUUCCCAAGCCAAAGGGGACAACAUCCCUGGCACCUACCCCGCGUUCAUUGCCCCAGCAGCACCCAUCACCACCUAUGCAGGACUCGACGUUGGCAUUGAUAGCGCACAGGAAGCGUUCGAUCGAAUGGCCAUGAGUAAUCAUUCCCCAACAGACCGAGAAGGAAGAAAUUGCAGCCCUCUCUCAAAAUAUGUUCCUACUCUACACCAGAGUUCACACGACAGGAUGGAUGCUCUGGCUGAGUCAUCAACCUUCUCACGGAGGUUAUCAGAAGUGUAGAAGCAAUAGGAUGAGCAAGACAAUGAUGAAGGGACUACUGCUUUCACUAAGAACUGGUUGUCUGAAAAUAAUAAGAAAUCCAAGUAUUUUCUGCUUUCUUCCUUAUAUCUUCCUUUUUCCAUUAUUUGGCGUGGAAAACACAUUAUACCAUCAUUCAGUGUGCAGAACCCCAGAGGAGAGUAAGAAGCGACCCCUGGAGGAGAAUGAUAUUGCUACUGACUUACUGAGGAUGAUGCUACUGAGAUGUAGUGAAAGUGUGACGUUGGAUCAUGUCACAUCAAGCAGAUCAAUUGAAGUUAGGACUGAUGCUAUUUUGUUUUUAGUAUUAGAGAUGAGACAUUUUGUAGUGAAACAUAAUUACAUUAUGCAAGCAAACAUGACAUGUGGCUGCAAUUUGGUCUAGCUAGGCUGUUUGUUAGACUGUCUGUGUCUUUUUCCUUUUGUAAAAGCCGUAAGAUUUAAUGAAAAUAUUGAGAUAUGUGUGUACAAGUAGGAAUGUUGACUUUAAUGAAAAUUUUGAGAUAUGUUUAUAAAA